CCAGCGGCUGAGCAGCAGCAGCAGAAACUGGGUGGGAGUAGACAACAGCGCAGAGAAAGGAGAAACCGAGAUUUCGUUAAAUAUUACACAACAGAAUCGCCGAACAACGUAAUUUUCCGUUGCACAAAUAAGACCGAAGACCCCUUCUGCAAUUCAUGUAUUUGUAAAGACCAUCAGGACAUUUUAAAGCUGAAACCAUGACAGCAGAGGAGACCAUUAACAUCAAGGAGGUGGAGAUCAUUAAACUGAUCCUGGACUUCCUGAACUCCCGCAAGCUGCACAUUAGCAUGCUCGCCCUGGAGAAGGAGAGCGGAGUCAUCAAUGGACUCUACUCUGAUGACAUGCUCUUUCUGAGGCAACUGGUGCUGGAUGGCCAAUGGGACGAGGUCCUUCAGUUCAUCCAGCCUUUGGAGUGCAUGGAAAAGUUUGACAGAAAGAGGUUCCGCUACAUCAUCCUCAAGCAGAAGUUUCUGGAAGCCCUGUGCGUAAAUAAUGCCAUGUCAGCAGAGGACGAGCCACAGCAUCUGGAGUUCACCAUGCAGGAGGCAGUGAAGUGUCUCCACUCUCUGGAGGAGUUCUGCCCGUCCAAGGAGGACUACAGCAAGCUGUGCCUGCUCCUGACGCUGCCUCGCCUCACCAACCACGCCGAGUUCAAGGACUGGAACCCGAGCACGGCGCGCGUGCACUGCUUCGAGGAGGCCUGCGUCAUGGUGGCCGAGUUCAUCCCGGCCGACCGCAAGCUGAGCGAGGCCGGCUUCAAGGCCAGCGGCAACCGGCUCUUCCAGCUGCUGAUCAAGGGCGUGCUGUACGAGUGCUGCGUGGAGUUCUGCCAGAGCAAGGCCACGGGCGAGGAGAUCACCGAGAGCGAGGUGCUGCUGGGUAUCGACAUGCUAUGCGGCAACGGCUGCGACGACCUGGACCUCAGCCUGCUGUCCUGGCUGCAGAACCUGUCGCCGGGCGUCUUCUCGUGUGCCUUCGAGCAGAAGCAGCUCAACAUCCACGUGGACCGGCUGGUGAAGCCCGCCAAGGCCACCUACGCUGACCUGCUCACGCCCCUCAUCAGCAAGCUGUCACCCCACCCGGCCUCGCCCCUGCGCCGCCCGCAGUCGGCCGACACCUACAUGUCCCGCUCCCUAAAUCCCGCCCUGGACGGCCUCUCCUACGGCCUGUCCAGUCAGGACAAGAGGGUGACGGACCUCGGCAGCAAGGCCUCGCCCAUGUCACACUCCUUUGCCAACUUCCAGUACCCCGGAGGGCCAAACCUGAGCCGCAGUCUAAUGAUGGAGCAUUCAGACUGCCACCGCAUUUACGAGGAGUCUCCAGACAGGAUGCACGCGUCGGUGGACAGAAUGCUGGGCUCCGUCGGGCCCCACUCUCUGCGGCCGUCCUCAGCCCCCGGCGGGGAGACGCCGUCCCAGGGCUCAGCCGAGCGGAAUGAGCUGCGGGACUCCACGGAGCAGUUCCAGGAGUACUACAGGCAGCGCAUGCGUGUGCAGCAGCACCUGGAACAGAAGGAGCAGCAGCGGCAGCUCUACCAGCAGAUGCUCCUGGAGGGCGGGGUCAACCAGCAGGAGGGCCUGGAGGGUCAGCAGAAUCUGACGGAGAAGUUUCUCAACAGGUCUAUCCAGAAGCUGGAGGAGCUCAACGUGGGGAUGGAUAACCUGGGCGAGGAGGUGCAGUCUGUGUGCAACGGGAAGGCGGGAAACGUGGGCCCCACCCCCAGCAGUAACAUCACCCUGACGCCCGAGCCGGGGCAGCUGCGGGACAGUGCCGACGUGGUCAGCAGCACCCCGCAGAGGGGCGGAGCCCGAGGGAUGCCUGCGCUGGACGAGUCUCCAGUCCUGGUGUCUCAGAGUGUACAGGCCAGAGCUGCCCAGCCAUCAGUCCCGGAUGACACAGGGUGCUCCCCGACACGGAAUAGAACUCAGGAGGGGGAGAAGCCUAAGGCUCAGUUUGUGGCAGUGAACACACUGGAGGACACCCAGGCUGUGCGUGCGGUGGCCUUCCACCCCACGGGGGCGCUCUACGCUGUGGGAUCCAAUUCAAAAACGCUACGGGUCUGUGCGUACCCAGAUGUCCUUGACACCAGCGGUUCAGGCCCCCCCAAGCAGCCAAUUGUCCGUUUUAAGAGGAACAAGCACCACAAGGGCUCCAUAUACUGUGUGGCCUGGAGUCAUUGCGGGCAACUGCUGGCCACUGGCUCGAACGACAAGUACGUCAAAGUGCUGCCCUUCAACGCCGAGACCUGCAAUGCCACAGGUCCAGACCUGGAGUUCAGCAUGCACGACGGCACCAUCCGGGACCUGGCCUUUAUGGAGGGCCCGGAGAGCGGGGGCGCUAUCCUGAUCAGCGCCGGUGCUGGAGACUGCAACAUCUACACCACGGACUGCCAGAGGGGCCAGGGCCUGCACGCGCUCAGUGGACACACAGGACACAUCUUGUCCCUGUACACUUGGGGUGGAUGGAUGAUUGCGUCGGGCUCCCAGGACAAGACGGUGCGCUUCUGGGACCUGCGAGUGCCCAGCUGUGUGAGGGUGGUGGGGACGGCUCUACACGGCACAGGCAGCGCAGUGGCCUCGGUGGCAGUGGACCCCAGCGGGCGGCUCCUCGCCACAGGCCAGGAGGACAGCAGCUGCAUGCUGUAUGACAUCAGAGGCAGCAGGAUGGUGCAGACAUACCGCCCCCACACCAGCGACGUGCGCUCCGUCCGCUUCUCUCCCGGCGCACACUACCUGCUGACCGGCUCCUACGACAACAAAGUCAUGAUCACUGACCUGCAAGGAGACCUCACGAAGCAGCUGCCGCUCACAGUAGUGGGAGAGCACGGGGAUAAGGUGAUCCAGUGCAGGUGGCACACGCAGGACCUCUCCUUCCUAUCAUCCUCCGCAGACAGAACUGUCACACUGUGGACCCACAACCCGUAAGACUGGUGGCACUGAGACCCGCUGGUCAGAAGAAGCACAGUGGACCCCCCCACCACCACCACCGACCCCCUUCCCGAGACACUUCUCUCCUCCACUCUCCCCUCUCAGACUAACGAACAAAGCGAUCUCAUCCUGCUGGGACGGAUAACGUGGAAACUAUCAGUGUGUUUGCGUGUGUAAGUGCACGUGUGCGUGUAUGUGACCACAGUUGUGCUCAUGGCAGUGCUGUGUAUUCCAAGCACAUUAAUGCUUCUGUAGCUGACUAACUGUACGUGGCCCCACUGUUCCUGUAAAGUCGAGUGCUAAUUAUGUUGAAAACUCCAGUGCUGCAUCCCCAGGUCAUGGAGAACAGCCACACUUCAACUGACCCCA